GUGACAAUGUCUGCGAAGUCUAUAUGGAAAUAUCCGACAGCAUCGUUACUUGCAAGUCUGUUCUGUAACUUCUAAACGACAAUAUCAUUAGUAUAUAGUAUGUUGUUACGUAACUUUUGUAUAUUAUACUUAUACGACGACAGCGUAACGAUAACAAUACUGUCAUUACAAAAGUUAUAGACCUACUGUAAUAGUAUAGGCCUACUGUAGUGUUCGAUAUCGAACGAAAGAAAGAAGGCAGACCCUUUAAUAUCUUAAAUAUCUCUUAAAAUCAGACUUUUAGUCAUUAGCGCAAGAUUUCCAAUAAUUGCCAAUCUCACAAUAUAGGAGACAACUAGGUGUACCUAAUAAAAUUUUUCAAUAAGUAAAUUUAUCGAUAUUUCCCAGUAUCGCCAACACUACAAACGUGAGCACAUAAUGGGGUUUGGAGAGACUGAUCUUUUUACUCAAGGCUCCAUUUAAGAGUCCGUUUGAGCAUCCCCAGCUGCCCCGUCUCGUCCUGUUCCGCACGGCAUGGGUCUCCGUGCGAGAGUCGUGCGUACAAUAGCGGCUGUCAGAGUUGUUCGCGUGAGCACGAUGUGGUAGGGGCAGGAUCUGCCGACGCUGUCUCCCUCUCCCUCGCGCGUACUCUCUCUUUCUUUCUGUCGGAGUGACGGCACCCAAGGGCUGCAGUCGUGAUCGAAUGAUCGGUGGGUACGGUGGGUUACCAGUUGGAACACGAGGUGUCUGAUUGUCUAGUGAGAAAUCUUGAAUUCUCGGAUCGGUAGAUUCGCGGCGAAAUUAUCAGAGGACUAAACGUUAUUGACAAGCUAUGUUCCGCAUGAACGUUUCUCAGACGCUACUCGAUCGUGAGGCGUACGUCCCUGCACGACGUCGCUCUUGAGUAACUUGGGAGCUGUCGAAGAACGUGAAGUGAAUCCUGGAAGAAAAAGAGCCGACGGGAGCAAAAAGAGAAACGUCGAGAGAGAAUUUGGCGCGCUGCGUCAGGAUCGACUUCAGUACUGGUCCCACGAUGUCGUACGCCAAUCGAUUCCCAUCUACUCAGCACACUCGUUAUCGCAGUAGCUGGGGACCGUCCUCUGUUUCUGUCUUUAAUCGCGCUGAUGUGCCGCGACCGUCGCCGGAAGAGGAAGAGUUUGCCGACUUUUAUCACGAGCGUUUGCACUCAGCGCAGAGUCGCCAGCUGAUACCACUUCAGGAGGAUUUGGCCGAUUGGAUUAACAAAACGAUUAAUGUGGAUUACAUAACAGGCGACAAUUUCUUCGACGUGCUAGAUAAUGGUGUGGUCGUGUGCCGGCUGGCAAGGGUCAUCCAGGAAAAAGCGAGAUCCGCGAUAGACGCCGGACGGACGAAAGGACCGAUGCCGGUGAUACGAGGCCGCUGUUGGGAGAACGCUGCGCGACGCAGUUUCUUCUCUCGCGACAACAUGGAAAACUUUAUACAAUUCUGCCGACGGCUGGGCGUUCACGAGAAUCUUCUCUUCGAAAGCGAUGAUCUCGUUUUACACGGUCAACCGCGAAACGUGGUGUUGUGCUUGUUGGAAGUCGCGCGACUGGCGGCUAGAUACUCCUUGGAGCCACCUGGGCUCGUGCAACUCGAGAGGGAAAUCGCGGCAGAGCAAGAAAGGGAUCUUCAUUGUUUGUCCGAUAGCGGCAUAUCUCACAGCAGUCUGGUUUCUUGGCAGUUCCAAUCACCAUCGCCGACAGCGACGCCCAGAACUCCGCCGGAGAAGAUCAAACAUAGCAGCUCGGCGUCCGAAGUAACGACUACGGCCGCUCGAUGGUUGGAUCCGGUAACCGGCGCCACGCACGAGCCCGAAAUGCGAAGGUCCGUGAGCGAUAAUGGACCAACUGGAAGUGACGGCGUGCCAAGUGACACAACCGAGGACGACUGGUCCCGCGGUAGUGCCGAGGAUCCGGACGAACUCCCGUCACCGUCGAACUCGCCAUCACCGUCACCAGCUGAACCACCAGAGCACAUCGGCCCGAUAACAGAACUCGACCGCAAGGUGCGAAGAGCCACCGAAGCAGUUCAGAGACUUUGUCAGUGUCCGUCAGAGAAGUGUUCCAAGCUGAAAGUACGCAAAGUCGGUGAAGGUCGCUAUCAUAUUGCUGGACGUAAUGUUUUUAUAAGGCUUCUCAAGGGAAGACAUAUGAUGGUGAGAGUAGGCGGCGGGUGGGAUACCCUGGAGCAUUUCUUGGCAAGGCACGACCCCUGUCAGGUGAGGGUCCUCAACCGCGAGAGCACACCACCACCUGCUCACGGCAACAAGCACGACAGCUUCCUGCACAUUCGCGCCAAGUACCGCAGCCCACCGUCGGAGCCAACCUCGCGUCGGUCGUUAGCCUAAGAGCACGUAGUGCCUAAUCAUGCGCCCAUGCGAUCAUACGACUUUCUUGGUCCCACAUACGUUGUGUAUAACUGCUUGCACACGUGGCGUACGUGCAAUUCAAACAUCAUGGUUCUUAUACGACGCAUCGCUAUAUCUCGCGUUUCGUCCCAUAGGAACACUCGACAAUUCCGACUCGCGGAACACACGUCAAUAGAACACGUCGACGUGCCGCAAACGCUGCUAAAUGACGCGACGAAGUCGCGGCAGCUUGAGUUACCGUAGAGACGCGCAAUUUACGCGACUUUCUUCGCGUAUGAUACAUUCCUUCUCUCCAACUACUCUUGGUGAGUUGACGACUUUGAAAAUACGAAAUCGAUGGCAACUCAAGAGCUUACAGUUACACUUAUAUGUGCGCGCACACACACACACAUACAGACACACACAGACACACACAUGCACACACGCACACAUUCCAAUAUAUUCGUAAUGCUAUUCGCGAGUUUGCCGGCAAAAAUCACGACAUGCACCGCCUAUUUGCAACGAUGCCUCUUCUACUCUCAUAUUCACUGUACAUCUCGAAUCGUGUCAAGUGCGUAUGCUCGUCGUGGUGUAAUCAAUUAGUCACUGUGUACCCUUAUAGAAAUAUCAUACUAAGAAUCAUUGAUAAUUACUUAUUAUCCAGUAUUUUUAAUACUGAAAAUAAGUAAUUAUCAAUGAUUCUUAGUAUAAUAUUUCUAUAAGGGUAGAGAUACACACGAAUCACUAUUUUUACUACGUCGUAAAGAGUGGUCAAGUAGCAUGUAUGACGAAGUAUCCUCGUAGACGUAGUAAUGUGCUAUGAUUUUUGAAGAAAUCAACCGAAGUAACGAAUAGCUAAAGUUUUGUAUAUGAACGGCUUGCUCUCCGAUUGGGAGAGCUUUGAUUAUUUUGUAUUAAUCGUAGUUCUAUGUUAAUCUACGAUGUGCUUUUAUCGUGGUUUAUUUGUUCAGAUACUAACAUAUUCAACGUCUACUUGGAAAUUCUUCGAUAGAUCCUAGGAAGUGUGAUGCACUUGGUAGUAGCUAGUAUUAAGAUUGCAAUGACCAAAAAUUAUUUUCACAACUAUGUCGUCAAAAUGUAAUGGUAAUAUUAAAAAUAUAAUUAUAACAAUUUUUCAAUAAAUAUUCACUCUUAAGCUCAAAUGCACCGCGCUUAUACGUGCAAUAAAGAAUAAGUAAAAGUGCAAUUAAAAUCUCAGGUAGGAUAUCGUCCGUGUAAACGUGUCAUGCCUUAACACACACACGCGCGCGCGCGCGCGAUGGAUUUAUCUUUUUUCUUCAUAAAAUUUCUCUGCAAUAUGAUUUUUUCAAAUGAUUACCAAUUAUACGACAUCAGUUAAACUAUUUCAUAACCUAUAUAGAUAUUAUUGUUUUUUUAUUAAAAUUGAAAUGUUAUUUUUAAUACAACAUCUAACAAUUCUAUUUUGGUCAUUGCUAUAACUUACAAACUAAUAUAUUAUUGCGUACUGUCAUAUUUUGCGACGUGCGAGCCCGAGACACUUAUAUAAACAAUAAUCACGUGGCGUCGGUCUAAUUCUUUUCGUAACUUGAUAUCUGUGUUAAGAAUGGUUUUUAUGAAGGAAGCUAUUAAGUUUGAUAAAUUGACGUUCUUUUCACAUGUUUGCAUAAAAUGAAUUACACCGUGCUGUCACUUACAAAAGUCAAUUAACUGUUAUACAAAAUAUGGUACAUCUUAGUACAUCUGUUUGCUUUUGAAAGGAUCUUGAAUACAUAUAUACGUUUGCUAUCACUUCUUUGCUGUAUUCGAUUAAUGUUUCUUGCCAAUGGUUCUUAACUGGUCCUAAAAGUUAUCAAUGCACUUUAAAUAUUUGAUUAAUAUCUAAUGUAACUUACUCGUACUAUUUAACAUGUAAAAUGUUACACGAUAAUUAUCACGAUAUAUAUAUAUAUAUAUAUAUAUAUAUAUAUAUAUAUAUAUAUAUAUAUAUAUAUAUAUAUAUAUAUAUAUAUAUAUAUAUAUAUAUAUACACACACACACACACACAUAUAUACAUAUAUGUAUAUGUUUUGUACUUUUAUAUAAAUAUCUAGGAUAAGGGUUGUGGUGGUCGGAAUCAUUAAACUGUCUAAUUAUUUGACUUACAGAGAUGCAAGGCUACAGUAUGCAAAGGAAUACCAAAGCAAAGAAAUAUGCGACGAGUAAUCUCGGCCCGUUGAGGCUAUCUAACAUUAUCAUUCGUGGUCUCUUUGUUCACGUUGUUACGUUACAGAAUGUUAUUAUUAUAUACCGUAAUAACGGUAAUCGGUUCAUCACCUUCGAUUAUCCUUUGCGAAAUAGAGUCAAUGCGAUUUGCACUGUAAUAUAAGAUGGAUAGGUUUUACGUAUUAUCAUCGGAUAUAUAAGGCCUUGUAUUACACAGCUACGAUUAUUUGCGAAGUUACUUCUUACAUGUAACAGCUCAGCCUAAUUAACGCAAUUUUGCCAUAUUAUGUAACUGUAAAUACGUCGCUAUGAUGUGUGGACAAAUAGUUAAUUUAAGUUAAUCGUACCUGCUUUACACAGCGUUAAUGUUUAUGAGCGGAGUUUGCAUAUUAGUUAUAUAUUCUAUGUAUGUAAUAUAAGUUGUUAAUUUAUAUAUUGUCAACCUUUUUAUCAGAAACUACGUAAGAAACAUUUUGAACUUAUCGAUAUGCGCUGAUAUUACUAUGCACAUAUCGUAGAAAGUAGGAAAAAUUAUAUUUUGAUAAUACUGUAAUAUUAUCAGUUUAGUUGGUUUAUUGUUUAUAGUAAGGCGUUGAAGCGGUCUAAUCGAUAUACACUUAUGUUUAAAUAGACUACCAUUAAGUACGGUUUCAUUGUAAUGAAUCAACUAUUAAUUAGUAUUAUAACAGCAUUAUAUCGUGUAUGCUAUGUUCAGCUUCUGUUCGUAAUAACUGCACUAAACUUUCUCAAGUUUUAAGAUUUUGUCUAAUAUACAAUAUAUGUGUAAACUUGGUUUCCUUCAGUAUAGUUUGGCUACUUUUUCUCAAUGUAGUUUGAAAUUCAGUCGAUACAUAAUAAGAGAACUUGUUUUUGUUUAAUUUCCAGAAGUUAAGUUCUUUUAUUGAAUCAUCGGCUGUGUGAAGCAUCAGCUGUGUAAACAGUCGCAUAAAAAUAUCAAACCGUAUUGAAAAAGCCAAGUAUAUAUCAUACAUGACAUCAUCUUGAUUCAUUCAACUUACAUCCAAUGCUAUUAUAUCAGUUGUUACAUUUUGUUGAACAAUAAAACAUUUGACUAUAA